GGGGGCCGCGCCGUGUCCCAGCCCCCUGAGGGUAACAUCCCGAACCUUGGGGGUUGGUACCGGUAGGCUUCGGUUUCUACUUGCAGCUUGGUGUGUAACGUGAAACCAGCGCUGGCGGAGGAGGUUCCACCUGGUUGCUUGUGACAGCUCCUCUUGGGUACACUGAGACAGGAACAUCUUGUAUUGGCUGCUGUACCUCUACCUGACACGAUGAGAAGUUGCAUAAGAUCCUUCUGGAUCCCUGUCUGAUUGAUCCCUGCUUAUAAACUCUUCUUGUAACCUUCACCAGCAGCCAAAAUGAAGUUGAAGCAUAACAUCAACCCUGUUCUUCUACAGUUUAUAAACUUUAUAAUCUUGGUGUACUCCUUUGUAAUGUACAUCCCAUGGUACAUAUUUUCAGGAUCAAGACAGGCUAUAGAAAAAGCCAAGCAGGUUAAAGCUAGACCUGUGAAUACCAAGCCUGGGAGUGCAUACAGAUCUGUUAACAGUAUGCACUGCUUAGCUUCAGUUUUAUAUCCUGGGUGUGAUACACUUGACAAAGUUUUUAAAUAUGCUAAAACUAAAUUUAAAGACAGAAAACUCCUGGGAACACGAGAAAUCCUAAAAGAGGAAGAUGAAAUCCAGCCAUCAGGAAAAGUUUUUAAAAAGGUCAUCCUUGGCAAGUAUACCUGGCUUUCAUAUGAAGAUGUAUACAUUAAAGCUGUUAAUUUUGGAAAUGGCUUGGCAGUAUUGGGUCAACAACCAAAGACUAAUAUUGCUAUCUUUUGUGAGACCAGAGCUGAGUGGAUGAUUGCAGCACAGGCUUGCUUUAUGUGCAACUACCAGCUUGUUACUCUGUAUGCUACUCUGGGAGGCCCAGCAAUAGUACAUGGACUGAAUGAAACAGAGGUGACCACCAUCAUUACUAGUAAAGAAUUGAUGCAGACAAAACUGAAGGAAAUUGUCUCCCAAGUUCCACUGCUCAGACACAUUAUUACAGUGGAUGGCAAACCAACAACGUGGUCAGAGUUCCCCAAGGGUGUCAUUGUUCACACUAUGGCUUCUGUGCAAGCAAUGGGGGCCAAGGCAGAUGCUGGAAAUAAACAGCAGGCCAGACCUGUGCCCUCAGAUAUUGCAGUGAUCAUGUAUACAAGUGGAUCCACAGGAGUUCCCAAAGGAGUUAUGAUCUCCCAUUGCAAUAUAAUUGCUGGGAUAACUGGAAUGGCUGAGAGGAUUCCAAAUCUGGGGGAAAAAGACAUCUAUAUUGGCUAUUUGCCUCUUGCCCAUGUUCUGGAGCUGAGUGCAGAACUUGUGUGUCUGUCCCAUGGAUGCCGCAUUGGAUACUCUUCACCUCAGACGUUAGCUGACCAGUCCUCCAAAAUAAAGAAAGGAAGCAAAGGUGAUGUUACUACGCUUAAGCCAACCCUAAUGGCAGCUGUCCCAGAAAUUAUGGAUCGGAUCUACAAAAAUGUCAUGAACAAAGUGAAUGAAAUGACUCCUUUCCAGCGGAAUCUAUUUAUAUUGGCCUACAACUACAAAAUGGAACAGAUUUCCAAAGGUUACACUACCCCACUCUGUGACAGCCUCAUUUUCCGGAAAGUCCGGAUGCUGCUAGGUGGGAAAAUCCGGAUCCUGCUGUGUGGAGGAGCCCCCCUCUCAGCAGCCACUCAGCGUUUUAUGAACAUUUGUUUCUGUUGCCCUGUAGGACAGGGCUAUGGGCUCACUGAAUCAGCUGGAGCUGGGACAAUCACAGAAGUUUGGGACUACACUACAGGGAGAGUGGGAGCUCCUUUGGUCUGUUGUGAAAUCAAGUUACUGAACUGGGAAGAAGGUGGGUAUUACAACACUGAUAAACCAUAUCCCAGAGGUGAGAUUCUUAUUGGAGGGCAAAAUGUGACUGUGGGCUACUACAAAAAUGAAUUGAGAACCAAAAAAGACUUCACCAUUGAUGAGAAUGGGCAAAGGUGGCUGCACACUGGAGACAUUGGAGAGUUUCAGCCAGAUGGAUGUCUCAAAAUCAUUGAUCGUAAAAAAGAUCUUGUCAAGCUCCAGGCAGGGGAAUAUGUUUCUCUUGGCAAAGUAGAAGCAGCUCUAAAGAAUCUUCCACUAGUAGACAAUAUUUGUGCAUAUGCAAGCAGCUUCCAUUCUUACGUCAUUGGAUUUGUUGUGCCAAAUCAAAAGGAGCUUGCAGAACUAGCUCGAAAGAAAGGAUUUAAAGGAACUUGGGAAGAGAUCUGUAACAGCCCUGAGAUGGAAAAAGAGGUACUGAAAGUUCUAGCUGAGGCUGCCAUGGCAGCUAAUCUGGAGAAGUUUGAAAUACCAGUAAAAAUUCGAUUGAGCCCUGAUCCUUGGACCCCUGAGACUGGUCUAGUGACAGAUGCAUUCAAACUAAAACGCAAAGAGCUCACGGCGUUCUAUCAAACGGACAUUGACCGAAUGUAUGGAAUAAAUGUAAAAUAAGGGUUUUUUUUCUGCACCACUUUGCUACAGUGAGCUUGGAUCAAAUAGGAAAUACUUGAAUUGCCUGUCUCAACACUUGAGAUCAACACACAAAACCACCAUUCCUCAUUUGCAGCUUAAACUGUUGUUUCUGAUUAACUUCACCGUGAUGACUGGCAAGUUCAGUAAAAUGUUACGGCAGCAAACUUGUGUCUGUCUUCUUGUUUUCAGUUUUCUCUGCUACCUUGUCAGUCUGUGGAUUUUCCCAAGUCAUCUUUGGGAAACCCUGAUUCUGAAGCCUCAAGUUUUUAAGCAUUUAUAAAUCCUGUAUAAUGUUUUAUUUGUAUCUUGAAAAUUUGGAUGUAUAUAGAGAGAACUUGGCUAUAUAAGAAAUGGUUAUUCUGGGGGCCUUUUUUACCUAAUUAUUUAAAGAUAAGAAGGUAUUGAUGUUGUGACAUUAUGUAUUGACAUUAUGUACGUUGAAAAUGCUUCUAACAAGAUCACUGUUGAACAGAGAACCAGGUUAUUUGCUGCUGUGCUAUUUUUCUGUGUAACUCUGAGGGAGAAAACGUUUGACAUUCCAGCUCGUGUAGUACACCUUCAAUAUGUGCCUAAUGGUUACUUUUGUUUUUACCUGAGAAAGGAAAGAUGGUCAUGGCACAGCUUGGUGUAAAGGCAGAUACUCUUGCAGGUGUUAGUUAAAGCUUGUUUAAUACAAAAAAAAUGCUAUUAUCUCAGCAGAAAUUAAACCUAAAAAUAAUCUCUCAAAUACAUAAGCUCCUGUUUUUAAGAAAACUCAUGACUGUUUCAUCCAGUGGCUGAAUUGCAUAGAGCUAAAAGAACUCUGGACAUUCAUUUCACUGAGCUCUAAGCUUGACAGUGUCCUUCUAGUGGAAGGACUGUCAAAAUGUCUGUGUUUUCUCAUUAGGCUUAGACAUUAAACUGGGUUUGCUCUUCCACUGUUUCUGCAAGUCUGGCAAGACCCCUGUUCUGCCCUAGCUGCAACCCAAAUCUUCCUGGGGGGAUUUUUAAAGUCAUAAUGACAGUUAUGUUCUCAGCUCACACAGUGCCUAGCUGCCCUUUGUGCCAUUAAAAAUCUCCCUUUAAUUCUCUGUUCUUCUGUUUAGCAUUUUUUUGCUUUAAAAAGAGAUAUUAGAAGCAUUUGUCAGCCAGAGUUAUUGAUGUUGCUUGGUUUGUUAGACCCUUUGGGAAGGAGUCCAGAUUUCUGCUUCGUUGUAGAUACAUGAAUAUUGUUUGACUAACUUUGGGUGGGACCUUUUCUUCUUCAGAGAGUAUCUUUAAAUUUGUUUCAGAUGUGAAUUUUAUUUUCAAAGUAUUUGGGAAAAGUAUAUUUGAAUCAGGGUUACAUGAGAAUGUGAAAAGGCAUUUAUCAGUCAACUUUGUGAUGGAGCAAAUAUUAAAAUUUCUUGAAUUUGGAGAUGAUUUCUCUCGUGUAUCAUUUACUUGUGGUACUAAAAAUCAGGGUGUUGAGGCUCACUUAGUGCCCUGGUGUGGUACCAGACAGCAGUGCUGCAUGGCAGCAGCUUGGUUUGGGGGGAGGGAGUUGCUGUAGUGAGCAUUUGUGGGAGUUUUGGCUGAAAUAUUACUUAAAUUCACAGUGUCCAUUGGUUAUAGAAUCACAAAGGUAAAAAAAUACCCAGUAGGUUCCCUGCACUUUAGUUCUGCUGAAAUGAGGAGAUGGUUUGUGCUGUUAAUUUGUUAAAUCACCAUCUCCCACUAUUGAUGGAUUUCCCCUGCUCUUAAGAAAAACUGCUGCUGGUUAAUGAGUUGGUGUAAGCAUUUGCUUUGGUUUGGAAAUAAAAACAACCAAGAGGAAUCAGGACAGCAAUUAUGAGAUCAAUGCCCUCAGAUCUAGAUAUUAAAUUAAAAGCUUCUGGCAAACAGAGAUAAAACUAAUGCUGGAAAAUCACUGAAGGAUCUGAAUGUGGAAACUGCCAAGUCUGCAGGGAAGUGUCACACCAGACAAUACUAAUAUUGCUUAAAUAUCUGUCUGUGCUCCAUCAACAGGUUCUUAACUAGUUUGAGCUCAGCAUUUGAUGUAUAUUGCUCAGAUGUUUCUUUGUGAUUCUUUUUAGUGAAAAUUAAGAAAUUACUGGAGUACUCUGCUACAUCACUUGGUGCAUUGUGCAACAGAUGGAAGAAAAUCUGCUAUUGGGUAAUUCAGCAGAAAUCUGAAGGUAGUACUGUGCUAAUCAGGGUUUAAAGCCUCUUUUGGCUAAAUUGCAUAAAUGAAACUUAUAAAAUGGCUUGGAAAUAGCAGUUUUAAUUUUCUAAUCCAGUUACAAGUUUGCGUUGCAGUCUUCCUGUGCAUUUGACUUUACAUUUCUUUUUUUUUUUUUAUAUUUGAAAUUGAUGUCUACGUAUGGGUCUUCCCUCUUUAGAUAUCAGGUUCAUUGUGGACCUUUAUUUCUUCUAAAGAACGUGAAAAUAAAGCAGCUAAUUAAUUUUUAGCCUCAGCACUGAAGAUAAAAUGACUCCUAAAAUACUUUCAUGGGCUUAAAGUAAUUUUGUGAUGGGUAUGUUUUUAAAUUUGGUUUUCUGACAAAAAAGAUGGGCUUCAAUACUACUAGAUCCUGAGUUAUUCCCAUGUCCCAUUGAGGCCACCAGCCCUGUGGGUGCCCGUGCUUCUCAGAAUUAAUUGCUGAGGGCUCUGGUGAAUCAGAGCUGCUGUUCAGAUGUAGCCUCAGCCCUGCACAGUGCUCUGCCUGCCAGAUCCUGUGCAGAGAAUUCCAGGGGAGUUUGAAGCCCUGCACAGAUUGUACUGACAUCACCCAGGAAUUAACCUGGUGUCUGUUUUGUUUUGUUUUGUUUUGUUUUUUAACCCCCCUGUGUCUUCCCAUGCCCAGUGUAAGCAGAAGAUCAAAAGUAAGUUUUAUAUGUGGCAUAAAGGCUGCUGACAGCUGUGGAGUUAACUUAAGGAAAUUGCCCAGAGGGUCUCCAUGACGUAGGGAAUUUUGUAAUGGAAAAGUUGUGACUUUUAAACAGUCUUUCUGAGUUCAAACUAAGAACAAGGGGCAGGUACCUCACCUGAGGGGCCCCAGAAAAAGAGAUAUUUUUUUUUAACAAAGCUUUUGUAAAAAUUAAACUUCCCAGGAAUCUGAUUUGUUGAGAGUUGUUGCUACUUAUUCUCUGUGAAAACUUAAAUAUUUCACACUAAAAAAACCAACUCAAGAAAUGCUGUGAAUCUCCUUUAAAUCCCUGCAGUUAUUUAGAAAUAUUUCAGACUUCAGGCUGAACUAAACCUCGAUGUCCUAAGCAUCCUUUGCAGAGAGAGAGCAGUGUUUCUGCAGGAGGUUAGGGAGUUAAAGAAUUCUAUGUCAGACAAGACCUUGCAAGUUUACUGAUGGUGCUGCCAGUGCAGUUUAAACAAGCAGGACCAUACCUCAGUGGGAAGCUCUGUCUUAGCAGUUUAAUAUUUCAGUGAAAUGAAAGUGAAAGCCAACGUGCAACUGAGAUUAAUGUGUAUCUACAGCCUCCUGCUUUUUAGUAGGAUGCAGGGAUGGGUAUGAACUGAAACCAUACAUUAAAAACAUCCUGUAAAGCUUGUAAGUUUAUGCAGUGACUGCCGUGGGACGUAAUACUCCUUUGCAAUACCCUUUAUCCUGCUAAAGCUUUUUUUCUGUACUAAAACUACAUUUAGGCCAUGCAAUGCAGCAGUUUUAAUUUUUAUUAAUGUGAUAUAUAACUGCUUUGGACUAGGUAUAACAUUGUGUACAUCUGUUUCUUUACUGGUGGAAGGAACAAUCUUCAACUUGCCUAACACCUUUUGGACCAGGCUGCAAGGUGAAUAGAAUGACCAGUUGUAUAUUGCUGUGAUUGGUUAUUUAAUGUAAACUCAUUUUCAGUGUGGUCUUGGUUGUUACUAUGAACUGCCUGAACAUUGUAUAUCCUAAUUGAGUUAUAUUGUAUGAAUUAUUUAUUUGUAAUUGGAUAUCAUGUUUCAAAAAUAAAAUUAAUUUCACAAAUCA